AUGAAAUCAAGCGCUAGUACUGCCCUAUCAGGCAUUUAUUCUAUCCAACAUGGAGUAGCUCAACCUGAAUUGAAUGAUGAUUCUCAACCUAUGGACCUUGAUUCACGCAGUCAGGCACCAUUGAGUAGUGAAACAAAACCACUGGUUUUGUAUGACAAAGAUCCAACCAAAGCCAUCCAACAUGGGAAAUCCCUUCAAGGAUCAUUGCGGGACGAGGGUGAUCAAAGGGACAAUGUGGAAAAUCAUCAUAAAUUAGGGCCAAAUUGCACAAAAGAGCAUAAAAAAGGACCAAAUCAGAAGCUGCUGGAAAUCAAGAGCUGGAAGGAUCGAUUGGAGCUGAUCAAGAGGAGGAAUCCUUGCUGGAGGCGAGAAAUGGUGUUGCAAGUGAUUCCAGGAGACAAGGAAGAAAAGAGGAGAAGAUUUGAAGCCAAAUUGGGGGCUGAAUAG